GCAGGGGAUCAAUGAUAGGGAGGUUGGACAGCCCGGGCCCCCAGUGCCAGCCCAAUAGACUGAUGAGUUAUUGUCAUGUAAAAAAGCGCUAGCAAUAAGACCAAACGCUUUGCUAUUGUCCAAGCGGAAAGAGCCAAGUUUAUUAUGAGGACUAUAUGCUCUAGAGACCUCGGGCUAGGCGGCUCUUAGGGGGCUUUUCAUAAAACAGGGCUAGGUUCCUAUAAAGGAGGCCAGUUUUGGAGCAGGCGCUGAGCAGUGAACAUCGUCCCACCGUCCAGCCUCCUUCCAACCAGUUCAAACCAAACCAGUCCUCGUUCCCCCACAGCUCAGACCGCGCGUCCUCCUCAUUUUGAUUUUUAUUAAUUUUUUUUUUUUUUUUUUUUUUUUUUUUUGACUGAACAGCCCAAUUUUUGGGGGUACUUUUUGUUUGACUUUUUUUUCCCGGGAAGUGGAAGCUUUCUAACUCCACCGAGCCUUCUCAAAUGUAUAAAAUGGAGUAUUCUUACCUAAAUUCCUCUGCCUACGAGUCAUGUAUGGCCGGGAUGGACACGUCGAGCUUGGCAUCGGCCUAUGCGGACUUCAGUUCGUGCAGUCAAGCCAGUGGGUUUCAGUACAAUCCCAUCAGGACCACUUUCGGGGCCACCUCCGGCUGUCCGUCGCUCACGCCGGGGUCCUGCAGCCUGGGGACCCUGCGGGACCACCAGAGCAGCCCAUACGCCGCAGUUCCCUACAAACUCUUCACGGAUCACGGCGGACUGAACGAGAAGAGGAAGCAGCGGCGCAUCCGGACCACGUUCACCAGCGCCCAGCUGAAGGAGCUGGAGCGGGUGUUCGCUGAGACGCACUACCCGGACAUCUACACCAGAGAGGAGCUGGCACUCAAAAUCGAUCUGACUGAAGCCAGAGUGCAGGUUUGGUUCCAAAACCGGCGUGCCAAGUUCCGCAAGCAGGAGCGCGCAGCUGCAGCGGCCGCAGCGGCUGCCAAGUCCAAUUCUGGAAAAAAGUCCGACUCCAGAGAUGAAGACAGCAAAGACACCAAAUCGACCGACCCCGACAGCACGGGAGGACCGGGCCCGAACCCCGUGCCCACCUCCAACUGCGGCGGACCGAGCCCCACCGGAGGCCAGGUCAACACCACCGGGAACGGACAGGUGGACCAAGUGAAGACCUCCGUGUCCAGCGGCAUGGGAGUGACAGCACCGAGCCAAGGCUGGGCCACCGCCCCGGGGACCAUCACCUCUAUCCCGGACUCAUUGGGCGGGCCGUUCGCCAGCGUACUGUCGUCUUUGCAAAGACAGAACGGAGCCAAAGCGACGUUAGUAAAGACCAGCAUGUUCUAAUGAAGCUCCCCAAGAAGAGCAGAGGGAGAGAGGCGCGUCCUCAUCCUCCGGAGACUGAAAAGCAAUCGCCCGCGACAGACUGAAGGACACAAACAAGCAGUUAAGAAGAAGAUGACAUCUCGGUUAUUUCAUUUUUAUGCCUUGCGCUGUUUCUUGUGGUCAGUGGACACUUUAGCUGUACAAAUAUCCAUCUUGACAAGUUGUCUCAUAACACAACGGGGUUUUCUUAAAACAAGUGCAAGACGAGUGAAAUGUUUCCCGUCACGUCUGAAGACUUACAUCAACAGAAACAUUCUUCAUGCGUAAAUCCACAAAAGAAAACUCAUCCCAGAGCAAACGGUUCAGAUCACACCUGUCAGACUGGCUCCCGGAGGAUGGGGACUUGUUAAGAUCAACAUUUUUUUGGGCCAAACAUUUAUGAGCAAACAAACGUCUGCGCGCUGGAAACUUGGCAUCAGUGAGCGAAGGAGCCUCGUGAAGUCACAUGUCAGAGUUCAACAGCUGCUUUGUUAUCCAGAGAGACGUUUCAUGUCCAGGAGGGAGGACGCUCUCCGACACAUCCCGCUUUCUGUUCUCUCACAGACACACGCUGCUGUCCGGCCUCUCACAGCUGUGUGCUGGCUUUUAUUUCCAGGCUGCUGAAGAGUUUAGUUUCUUUAAAUUAUCGAUAUAAACACAAUUAUUUCCUCGAGAGAAAAAAAGGCACAAACUACUGCAAUGUUCACUCUGACAGGAAACGUGUAUGUUGUGUGUGUCUUUCUACGGCAGUGUUUUUGUGGCUCCGAUUGUAAAGUGUUAAUACGUAUUCUUGUCUCCUCUAGCUGGACCAUAGUUCAUCCUCCCCUCGUAGAUCGACACAGUCUUUUCGAUGUUUUACAAAGAUUCCCUCCGAAGAAUUUAUUUUGGGUAAACAAAAAAAGGGAAUGAUGCAAACAUUGUAUUUAUUUGGAUAUAAUUUGCAUGUUGUCUCUUUGUCUGAUUUCCGAUGAGUUCCUUCCAUUUUGUGAGCAUUAUGUAACAUGUUGUCUCGGAUCUGAAAGUUAUUUAUAUGUAGGUAAUGAAUGCUUAUAUUUAAGAAGGAAAUAUUUCUACAUGUGCACAUAGUUUUCCAGGUGUACCAUUCAAAUGGUUGUUGAUGAUAAAAAAAAUAAUAGUCCAAGUUGCUUUGUCAUGUUUUCUUUGGACAAAUACAGCAAAGUGAUGAUUUGUUGUUCCUGUUUGAUUUACACGCUCACAGGUUUUAAUCAAACACUCAGAACAUUUUGAAAAAGACUUUCAGCAGCGCCGCGCCGGCCGCAGGACUUAUUCUACAUCAUAUUUAUACAUUAAUAAUACAUCAUACUCAUACAUAAAUAAUAUACUAUAUUUUAUACAAACAACAGGAUAUAAGAUUCAUAUAUAAUAAUUAUAUAUAAAUAUAUAUAAUUAUUGGCCUUAGUCCACAUUAAAUCAUUGGUCUUCUGAAAUGUGACAGAGUUUAAAAAACUGAAAUGAUGGAAACAAACACUCAGUUUAGUGUCAACAUGAGAUCUAAAGCUCAAAACUAGCAGCAGAUUUCAAACCAAACAAGUGAACAGCACAGGUGAGAUUAAUGUCUCCUGUCUGUCCGUCUGUCUUCUUUCUUCAGCCUUUUCUUUAAUGAGUUCUACAUUAAUAUUAAUAGUCUGUUAUUUCAUCUCAUCAGUGUUUGUUUGAAGCUUCGUGCUGUUCAUCAGGUCAGUCUCUCUGUCACCUCUCUGCAUCAUUUAAACAGAAAGUUACCACAGAAAUAAACCAGGAGGCGUCGCAGCACUGAACUCUUUUCAAAAUCAAAUCAGACUCUUCAGAAACACUGAUUCUGGUUUUCUGCUCUUCACUGAACAUUUCAGGCUGUUAGUCACUGAAAGACACGACUGCAUCAGUAAAGUCCAGCACACAGAGGAACGACUGGUGGAUCAGACGGAGACCAGGCAACACAA